AUGGUUUGUGAGAAGGGGAUCCAGAUCCUCCUCACCACCGUGGGGGCCUUUGCAGCCUUCUGCCUGAUGACGGUUUCUAUAGGGACGGACUACUGGCUGUACUCCCGCGCCUCCAUCUGCAACAGCACCCGCAACCACUCAGACGACCCCCACAACAAGGACAAGAAGGACCCCGGAGCCCUCACCCACUCUGGCCUCUGGAGGAUCUGCUGCCUGGAAGGGGUGAAGAGGGGAGUGUGUUCUCAGAUCAACCACUUCCCUGAGGAUGCUGACUUUGACCAUGAUGGGCCUGAGUAUGUUCUACGUAUGGUCAGGGCUUCCAACAUCUUCCCUAUCCUCAGUGCUAUCCUGCUGUUGAUGGGAGGGGUGUGUAUCGGUCUCAGUCGCUUCUAUAAGCACAAGAGGAACAUCGUCCUGGGAGCAGGCAUUCUCUUUGUGGCUGCAGGUCUGAGCAACAUCAUCGGUGUGAUCGUGUACAUCUCUGCAGCGCUGGGAGACAUCUCCCCUAAGAAGGACGAGGACAAGAAGUGGCAGUACAGCUACGGCUGGUCCUUCUACUUCGGAGGCCUGUCCUUCAUCAUGGCUGAGAUGGUGGGCGUUCUGGCCGUCAACAUCUACAUCGAAAAGAACAAGGAGCUUCGCUGCCGCUCGCGCACUGACAUCUUCAAGGGGACCACGCACGCCAUGCUCCGCCUACCCAGCUACCGCUUCCGCCGUCGCUCCCGCUCCUCAUCCCGCUCUACUGACCCCUCACGCUCCCGAGACCCCUCGCCGGUGGGGGGAGGCGGGGGGAAGAACUUUGGCCUGCCCCCCUCGGCCAUGCUCUCCCAGGGGCCCAUGUCUGUGGCCACGCUGCCCAACCCUCACUCUCGCUCCCACACCACCCUGGCGGGGGGUGACAUCUCUCUCUACACUCUGUCCCGCGACCCCAAGCUGGCUGGCCUGCCCCCCAUGUACGGCACUGUGGACCGCGCCACCCUCUACCAGCUCCACAACUGCUUCCCCAAGGACGGGGGAGGAGGGGGAGGAGGGGGUGUGAUGAUGAGCGGCACGCUGCCCUCUCUGAAGUCCCACAACCCCUCGCUGUCCCAGAAUUCCUCCAACUCCAACGCACCCAUGGGCAACUCGGUGGGCUCGGGGCCCCCACCCUUCUCCUCGUCCACGGUGGAGAGAGAACGAGGGAUGGGAACGCUGGACAGGCUAAAGGGAGAUAGAGAGAGCAACUCCAAUACGCUCAACAGGAAGACAACACCCGUGUAG